CCCCAAUGGCGUCAAGACUGAACUCCAACAGCCACACUCUCCCUCCUUCCCCUCAAAAUCCAGCAAAUAAACCACCACAACUCUCCUCUCAUUGGCCCGAAAACCUCAGCCCCCUCCCCCCCACCUCUAAUUCUUUAACCCCAGAACCAAAACUCAUCAUUACAGGAGGCUCAAAGCUCUCUGGCCAUGUUAACAUUAGUGGCUCCAAGAAUUCAGCUUUAUCAAUUCUUGCAGCGACAAUUUGCUGCUCUGGGACUACAAAGCUCACAAAUGUACCUAAUGUAUCUGAUAUUCGAACAAUGGCUUCUGUUUUGGAGUCAUUGGGUGCUGAAGUUGAGUUUUGUAGGAAUGAAGCUGUCGUUAAUGCUAAUAGCAUUAGCUCUGUUGAGCCAGAUUCAAACGCGGUUGGGAAAAUUAGAGGUGGCUUUUUUGUCAUUGGGCCGCUGUUAACUCGGUUUGGCGAGGCUGUGGUGGCAUUGCCGGGUGGCUGUGACAUUGGAAGUCGUCCUAUUGAUCUUUAUAUCCGAGGGCUUGGUGCUCUUGGUGCUGUUCUUGAGUUGAGAGAUGAAAAAGUACAAGCCUACGCUUCAAAUGGAAAGGGAUUGGUUGGUGCGAGGUUCCAACUUGAUUAUCCUAGUGUUGGGGCGACGGAAACUCUUAUGAUGGCAGCAUCUUUGGCCGAGGGAAAUACAGUGCUUUCAAAUGUAGCUCAAGAACCGGAAGUGAUAGAUCUGGCUCAUUUCCUCACAAGAUGUGGAGCUUCCAUCAGAGGAGCUGGCACCCAUGAACUUUAUAUUUCCGGAAGGGGUCAGUUGUAUGGUUCCUGUUACAGCAUUAUGCCUGAUCGGAUAGAAGCAGGCAGCUUCAUGCUUGCAGCUGCGAUUACCCGCUCUUGUAUCUCGUUGUCACCCAUCAUUCCUUCAACUAUAUCCUGUUUGAUUGAAAAGCUUUCUAGUGCAGGCUGCAAAAUUGUAUCGUACACUGAUGACACCUUGGAGGUUUCAGCUAUCCCUGAAAAAUGUGGAGAUGAUUUGCGAGGCUUUGACAUUAAAACAGGCCCAUUUCCUGGUUUUCCCACAGAUCUCCAACCCCAGACUAUGGCAUUCCUUUCAACAUGUAACGGUCUAAGUAUGGUGGAGGAAUCUGUGUUUGAAAACCGCUUGGGUCAUGUAAAGGAAUUGAGGAAAUUUGGGCCCAGAAUUCAGGAUUGUGGAAGCACCGCUUUGAUUUUUGGAAAGGAGACAGGAAGUAGUUUCAAAGGUUCUCAAGUCAUGGCAGCUGAUUUACGUGGUGGAAUGUCACUGGUUUUGGCGGGGUUGGCUGCUGAAGGAAUAACUGAAGUAAGCGGAAUUUCUCACAUUGAUCGUGGAUAUGAGAAUAUGGAGAUGAAGCUUCAGAAUCUAGGAGCUAAUGUCAAGCGUUUCGAGUCCUCGACCAAAGCUUGUACAAUAACUUCGUACGGCAUUGCCCAGUCGGAAUGAUUAGUUGAGAAUGUUCAUCUGGAAGCCCGUAAAUCAUCCAGGUUGUGGCAUUGCUAACCAUUCAUAUCUGACUAUCUUACUAACCUAUCACCAAUUCUCCAACUGCAUUGAGCGCUUAAUCUCUACUUGUUCCCAUACUGGCUGGAUCAGAAUGCCGAUCAGUUGGUAAAAGUUUGAGUUCUGCGGUCCGUUGGAUUUGAGUUUUAUCUCACCAACCAACCGUUCAGUUUGUUGGGUUUGGUGGAAUAAAAUCCAAAUCCAACAAAAUGAACAGUUGUGGGAUAAAACUCAAACCUAACACGGUCAAUGUCAGCAGGGUUGAUAAGUUUAAAUUUGCAAAUUCAGUUUAUCGGAUGUAACUAUUCGGGCUAGUAUGAAUGAAUGAUUAAAUGGUUGAUGUAUCUUUAAGGGGUUACUGUUUAUCCCUAUUCCUGUGGGGUUUGUUGUAAUCUUCAUGAGUUGGCUAUUGUAUUGAUCUCACAAGUGCGGGCUACAUGUAACCAUAUCAAAAAGUAAAUGGAAAGAGUGUAAUUUCAAUCUACCUGAA